AUGGAGCAUCCCGUCACACCAAGCCCCUCCUGGAACACUUCUCUUGCCGAUCUGCCCACACAAACAGGAUCUCUGCACCAGAAUAACUCCAACCACACCCGUCCCAUCUCUGGUAUUGGAGGUGGGGUAGACGUCAACCAGCUGUUGGUGUUGUGUGUUAUGAUCAUGAUGGACGUGCUAGCAGUGGUAGGGAACUUGGCGGUGAUGAUUGUCAUCACCAAAACGCCACAGCUGAGAAAGUUUGCCUUUGUGUUCCACCUGUGUCUGGUGGACCUGCUGGCUGCACUGGUGCUGAUGCCUCUUGGGAUGCUGUCAGAUCAGAUCCUGGUAGACGAGGCUCUGUGUCGGAGCUACCUCUACCUGAGUGUGUGUCUUGUGAGUGCUGCUAUCCUCACCAUAUGUGCCAUCAACGUGGAGCGCUACUAUUACAUCAUCCACCCCAUGCGUCACGAGGUGAAGAUGACAGUGGGGGUGGUGGUGAUGGUGCUGGUAGGAAUCUGGAUUAAAGCGGUUGUGAUGUCGGGUCUGCCUCUGUUGGGAUGGCUGCUCCAAGGGGAUGAGAGUCUGGGGACUCCCUCAGACCUUGUUAAGGGUCAGAGAUUGUGCUCACUCCACUGGUCUGGAGGCAGGACCACCCGGCUGCUCUUCAUGAUCUUCUUUACAUUCAUCUACUUCCUGUGUCCCAUGCUGAUCAUCCUGGUGGUCUAUUGCAACAUGUUCAAGGUGGCUAGGGUGGCGGCCAUGCAGCACGGCCCUCAGCCAACAUGGAUGGAGACAUCAAGACAACGGUCUGAGUCCACUAGCAGCCACUCCACCAUGGCGGCGAGCCUCGGGGGGACUGGAGCACGUAGCACCCCUCAAAGGAGCUUCAGCGGGGGGAAGGCAGCAGUGGUGCUGGUAGCAGUAGGAGGCCAAUUUCUCUUCUGCUGGCUGCCAUAUUUCUCCUUCCAUCUCUACUCUGCUGCAGCGUCUACCUCUCCAAUCUCUCUAGCCCAGCUGGAAGAUGUGGUCACAUGGAUUGGCUAUUUCUGCUUCACCUCCAACCCCUUUUUCUAUGGCUGUCUGAACCGGCAGAUUCGGGAGGAGCUGGGUCGCCAACUGGCCUGCAUCUUCAAGCGGGCUGGGGCUGGCGAGGGGGAACAGCUGGCCAGCCGCGAGGCUUCCAUUGAGGAGAACUUUUUGCAGUUUUUGCAGGGUACUGGAUGCAAUCUGGAGCCCUGCAAUUCUAACAGCAGAGGCAGCACGCUGGAGCCAGAGACUGAAGGCCUUCAGGAAUCAGCUGUUCAGCAGAACACACCAGCUGACUUCAAAAUCCCCGGGCAGAUCCUGGAGGAGACCUCAGAGUUCAUACAGCAGCAACAGCUGAACAAUGAGCUGCAUGUCUCAGAGAACUGCUGUAAAAUGGCACCCGAGCUGUAG